AUGGAUAUGAUUAAAAGCAUUGAUAGCAACACCCAGUCUAAUUACAUUAAAUUUUUCCCUUAAUCAAAAUAAUCUGAGGAGGAGCUAUGCUAAAAUCAUAAUAAAAAAUUAGAGGCAUAUUGCCUAGAAGACUAAAUGCUCUUAUGUAUUGACUGCAUUAUCAACACUAACUUAAGAUCAGACAAUAAUGAAAAAUACUAGAAUCAGAGAAAUUUAUAGAACAAUCAUCAUAGUCACACUCUAGUUUCAAUUGAGUAGGGUGUAUCUCAUUAGCUAAUACUUAUGGAAUAGCAGGCUGAGCAGAUUCAAAAUGAGUUAUAGCCAAUAGUAUAAUAGGACAGGUAAAGGGUAAGCAUAAUCCAGAGACAAAUAAAGAGCCACUAUGACUUGAUCAGCAUAAACAUAAAAAACUUCUUUGACCAGAUAAGGAAGAAAUUAGAUAAUCAAUAAAGAAAACUGCAAAUUCAGUUGAGUGAUAAAUUGAGCAUUCUUGAGAACUAGCUAACAGACAUUGAUAGUGAUAUAGAUGCCAACACCAUAUACUAGGAAGAAUACCUUUCUCAUUAGAGGAAGAUAAUAUUUUUAGCAGAUGAAGAACAAUUAACUUUCCUCAGCAACACGAAAAAACUAGCCAAGCUAUAUUAGCGUAUCAGAGGGUAUUUUGAACCUGAAAACUAUCGAGGCAUUCAUAGUCUUAUAGAUCAAGAUCCAAUUCAUAUGUUGCCUAAUUUCAACUAUGAAAAAGAGCAAAAUGAGAUUGUUAAGUUGAUAAAUGAAAAUAAUAAGCCUAGAUCAGUAUCUCCAGUCAGCAAUAUUUACAACAGUGUAACAAAUUUAUCCAAGCAGACAUCUAAAAUGUUCUCAAAUAGGCAAUCAUUUAACAGAAAAAGCUUUAUUCAUCAUCCAAUUUAUACAUCUAAAGAUUAGACCUCAGCUAAGACCAACAAGAAUCAAUUGAGCACAACAAAAAUUAUGAGUCCAGAGGAGACUCUUAUGCAUUUAUUAAGUGAUGAUAAAAGAGAUAGACUAGAAUCUAGUAUUCCUAAGAAUCCAAUCUAACCCUUCAACAUAAAGCAAAGCCUCACAAGUAUUUAGUUUACUCAAGCUAGUUAAAAGUAAUCGAAUCCUAAUAAAGUCUAGAAUUAAUAGAGCAGUUAAAACCUAAGCAGGUAUUUGAAUUAAAAAGACAGAGAUACUUCUUAUAUCUCAAAGAAUUCUUAAUCAGUCAUUAAGAGCACAUAAAAAUCAACAAUCUAUAAGAAAAUGAUGAUUAAAACUUCUAGGGAAAUUAAUUAGCCUCAACACUCAAUGAUAACACUGGGUAUUUCCUCUUCAAACCUUAAAAAAUCUACGAAGGUUAAAAAUAAAUUCAAUAAAAGUCCCAAUUUAAAUUCAUUUUUAAGUGAGAAGAAGGUAAAUGAUUAAAACCAGUCCUAAAAUUAUGCCACAGGUAAAUUACAAAAGACAUAGCAAAUUCUAAGCAGAUUGAGUCUUCAUCACACAUCUCAGUAAGCUCAAUAAAGCAAUAAAAAGAGAAAAAGUCAAGGAAUCAACAAGGCCAAGAAAUCUUUGGGAUCUAAGCUUGCCACCAAUGAAAAUUAAAUAUCGAUAAGAAAAGACUUCAAGAAUGUUUAGAGUCCGAGACUGAAUGGCUAAACUGGCUAGACUUUUAUAACCAAUAAUGGAAACACUUCAAUUUUAACAUAAAAUCCACUGCUAAGCUAAUUGUCAAUAGAGUCUCCCUCAAACGAGCCGAAUAAAAGUCUAGCUCCUCAUGAAGCUGCCGUUUCUUAUCAGACAUUCAGUCUAUAGGAAAAAACUUAAAGUUAAGCUUAUCAGAUGAAAAUAAAUAGAAAUCCUUUCAAGAGUUUGUAGAUUAACAUCCCAGAGAACAAAAGAGGCUAGAAUAAGUUUUAUGCUUAAUAAAUUGAUUGUAAAAAUCUCAUUGAGUCAACUGAGGGGAUGAGCAACCCCAACUAAGUUGAGACUCAGUUUGAGGAUAUCAAUUUUACUUACAAUACCCACACAAACUAGAGUAAAUAAAGCCAAAAUCUUGCUUCAAAUGAUGAAGGUGGGAUGGCUAAUGAAAUCAGCGAUGAAAUAAGCUCAGAUCUAGAAGAAGAAUCUAUCAAUAAAAUCAAACAUGAAAAUAUCAAUUUUAGAACUUAUCAAUGUAGAGUAAACAAUGACAGGGCAUCUGUGUAAUGGUCUUAUCAGAAUUCUGAAAUGGUUUCUGGCAAUCAAGAUGAUUCAGAUUCAAGCCAAUAGAUUUAUUAAAAGGAAAAUACGCUUAUCUAGGAUUAUUUUGCAUAGGACCAAGCAUAAGAUAUCACUAACUCAUAUUAGCCCUAAAAUGAGACCUCAUAUAACUUGUGA